GUAUGGGGGUACUGCCCUGUAGUUGGACGACCUCUACCAGUUGGAUUAGGCUUCCAUUCUUCCAUCGUUCCGUCGACUUCAGUCGUAGGGGUUCGACUGUCUGUAGACUGAUCUACUCGUUCACAAGGAGAGGGUCAGGGCACAUGACGAGAGAGUAACGACACAGACAGCAAGCAAACGAGGGUGGGUUCUUCGUUCGUCACCCCCAACAUCCCCUUCUCUUCGAGUACACCCUAAUUCCACAUCCUCAUCCCACUUGGGUCUCCCACCGCCAUGGCCUCAGUGGGAAAAAAGGCAAGGAUCACGAUCCUCCCGCUUGACUCCUUUCCCUCGUUCUUGGGUUUAGAUUUUUUCUUCUCUGUCUUUCUCCCCUACCCCUUUCUGUAUCCGUACGGGUAUUCCACUCGCAUACCCUCAUCACCACCUGCUUGUUUCCUUGCGCCUUCCUCCUUCCUGCCGCAGUGCGCAAGCCCCCAUGUCCACCACCACCACCGUGAAGCGCCAUCACCACCACCACCACCCCCACCUCUCUUUUUGCCUGUUUCCUUCCCACAUCUAUCUGCAGGCCUAGGACUGGUCAAGCUCGAUGGAGUUCGACAGUGUUGCAUCAUUGCUUAUGGGGGUUACUCUGGAACACCGUUUCUUGUAGGGACUCCGUCAGAACUGACAACACGGAACCAUGUAUACAUACUCCGUAACUCAAAGCCACCGAGACAAGGGGGGCUGCGGAUGAACAAGAUCAUAUGUAUCUCCCCGAGACUUGGAGCGAUGGAGACAAGGCGGAAGAAGAGACAGAGAGACAGAGGGCGCAGAAUACUUCCAGAACAGAAGAGAUCUGUUUCAUUCUCUUCUUCCUUUUCUGCACUUCGCCUCGUCAACUUUCACAUCGGUGCCUACCUUUACCUUCCAUUUCGAACCCGCCGGUUUCACUCGGGGAAGAAAGGGGAACGGGGCGGCCAAGAGGUGGAAAGGAAGGGUCUGAUUUCCCACCCACCUUCAUAACGAUGGAAAGUCUCUCGAUUAAGCCUAGACGUAGGACUUUUUUGCUCCCCUCAACGGCUGUUGUACACUUCCAUUAGACUUGGGUUACGAUAUACAAGAAGAUAGACAUCAUCGUUGGACG